UCCGACCUUAGCCUGUUCCAAACGGAACAAACGUACUAAAAAAAAAAAAAAUCAAUUUCAACAGGGUUUUUUUUGCUAUUUCGCCGUGUUCGAAAAAGCUAGGCUAAUUUUUUUACUUUAAUAUUGUAAUGUUUUAAUUAUUUAGGGGUAGAUACGGUAAAUUGUUUUUUACCAUGAUUACGCUUAAUAGGAAAUUAAAAAAAGAACCUUCAGAUACCAAUACCAAUAGUAUUACUAGUGAACCUACACGAAGAAUAUCAGUUAGAGACAAAUUGCUAGUUAAAGAAGUGCAAGAAAUGAAUGAGAAUUUACCUGUGACUUGUUCUGUGCAUUUCGAGGACCCUAAUGUACUUAGCGACUUUAUUUUGACUGUUACACCCGACGAGGGUUAUUGGUUAGGAGGCAAGUUCAAAUUCAGCAUACAUGUUACCGACGACUAUAAUAUGGCUCCGCCAAAAGUAAAAUGUCUGACAAGGCUCUGGCAUCCGAACAUAAAUGUUGAUGGAGAUAUUUGUUUAUCCUUACUCAGGCAGACAUCGAUAGAUGAACAUGGCUGGGCGCCCACUCGGAGACUCAAGGAUGUUGUUUGGGGUCUCAAUUCAUUAUUUACGGAUCUUUUGAAUUUUGAAGAUCCCCUCAACAUAGAGGCAGCGGAAAUGUACAAUAAGAAUAAAACGGAGUUCCAAACUAAAGUACAGGAAUAUAUAGCAAAGAACAAGAGAUGAAACGUGGUGAUAUUAAUUAAAUCAAUUUGAACAUUAUUUCAUUAGAUAUUUAUAAUAAACUUUUUUUUUUUUAUUAUGUAUCAACACACUUUUUAAUAUGUGAUUUUUUGGAAUGAUUAAAGUAAAGAAAAUAAUGAAGGGACUACCAGAAACGCUCAAUUGGCAUUUAUAUAAUAUACAUAUAUAUAUAUAUAUAUAUAUAUAUAUAUAUAUAUAUAUAUAUAUAUAUAUAUAUAUAUAUAUAUAUAUAUAUAUAUAUAUAUAUAUAUAUAUAUAUAUAUGCAUAUAUAGUCCACGAGGCAUAUGAUAAUCUCUAGCUAGAUCAUAUACAUAUUUAUUUAUUUAUAGCAAGGCAACAGAUUACAAAUUAAUACAUUUAUAUAAUAAAUAUUACAUAAAACGACAUUAAAUUUGCACUCCAACAACUGCUCUGCAUAACAUUCGAUAUUAUAUACAUUAAGAGAAUGACGGCUAUAAAUUUAAAGUAACAAAUUGGCAGCCUUAAUGUAACAUUGCAAGGAUUGUUGGAAAAUAUCAAGCUCCUUGCAUACAUAAUGUUUUCCUACAAAUGCUUUAGCACAAACAGCCUACCUUUUUUUAUUAAGUUAGGAGGUCUACCAUGAAAUGAAAUUCCGAAUUUUCAGACUCAAUUUUGCUAUUUCGUUCAUAACGAAAUUGACUCAGUAAAUGGAGCUUAUUGUUUCGUUCAUAAUAAAUCCUACACAUUUUUAUAUUUUUAAACCAUGUAAUUUUUAACAUCAAAUUUGUGUUCCGUUCGGCUCCGAAAUUUCGGAAAAAUUUUCAUGGUAGUCCUUCAGGUUGUAUGUGGAUGGGAAUAUUAAAAUAUUGCAAUUAUACCUUUUUUUUUAUACAACUUAGAAUGACAAACAAGCUGACGGCCCACCUAAUGGAAAGUGGUAACCGUCGCCUAUAGACAUGAGCAGUACCAUGGACAUAACAGAGUAUACUGUUUCGCCCAUGAUACCCCCUAUGCGUUGCCAUUCCUGAGGACUCAGGUGUUAUUCCUCUGUACCCAGUAAAUUCACGCCAUAUCCCACCCUUCAAACCGAAACAGAGCCAUGCAAACACAGCUGCUUCACGGUUGAAACACGCAUGGGACAGAGGUGCUCAAGCAAUCGACUUUUGUACAAAGUCUCCCUCUGAUACUUACUUUCAGCGAUAAUUUUUUUAUCAAUUGACUUUUUUAACACUACAGUCCAUCUAUGUAUAUGAUCUAGUAAACUAGUAUGUGUGUGAGUGCACCACACAUUGAAAAGUGACACUUGUCUAUGGUUUCUUGUUGUUACAAAUUAAUUUAAUUCAUUCAAUAUACAAAAUAUCGGUACUGUUAAAGCAUUUGUAAAUAACAAUCAAUGGCCGGGCUGAUUGAGUAACUCGUUGCACUUCUUUGCUCUAUUAUCUAAGUGAAAACAUUUUAUUUGUCUGCUCUGUUAUUGAAAAGUCAUGUUUUGCAGUAUUUUUACAUUUAAAUUAUAAUAGAUUGUUUUAAGUAACUGGUAAAUAUUUUUUUUUCUAUGGAAAAUUUUCCUCGAAAUAGAGAGGAAUCUCAACAUUCUUUUUAUGACCUUAUAUUUCUAUAUAAACCAUUGUAAAUACACAGACAUUUAAUAAAAAUGACAGCAUACGCUUUAAAAACAAUACAUAGAAUUGUAAAAACGUCAUGUGUAUUUACUUUUAAUGUAACAAGAAGAUAUUUUGCCCCGCUGGAUAAUUCUCCUGUUUGCGGUAGUCCUGAUGUUAUUAUUAUUAUUAUAACAAUUCUUGUUUUAUCACAUGCUUAAAAGUUAUAUAAAAUCUAAUGAAUACUCCAAAAUGUGAUAGCUGUCUACAAUUUUUAAUUUUUGUACUAAUGUACUUUUUGUAGUUGCCACUUUGCAUAAUUACUAGUCGUUCAACGGUGUAUGAUGGAUUAUGGUCUCUAAGUCAACGUUAUAAAAUUCAUAAUCACAAAUGUCUAAUUAUUAAAAUAUAAGUGUAAAUAGUAUUUUAUUAAUUACAAUGUAUGUAUGUAUGUAGAGCUACAAAAAUUACACAAGUACACGCGUAAUGUAUGAAAUUAAGGGAUUAUUUCACUAUCAUAUUUAUAGGAUCAUAUUUUAUAUAGAUUAAUCUAUCGAUAUACUCAGAUAUUUUCAACUUUACAUUUACUUUCAUAUUUUAAGAACAAUCUAACAAAAUUAAUUUUUUUUUAUACAACUUAGAAUGGCAAUCUAGCUGACGGCCCACCUGAUGGAAAGUGGUAACCGUCGCCUAUAGACAUGAGCAGUACCAUGGACAUAACAGAGUAUACUGUUUCGCCCAUGAUACCCCCUAUGCAUUGCCAUUCCUGAGGACUCAGGUGUUAUUCCUCUGUACCCAGUAAAUUCACGCCAUAUCCCACCCUUCAAACCGAAACACAGCCAUGCAAACACAACUGCUUUAUGAUUGAAACACGAAUGGGACAGAGCCAAGCAAUCGACUUUUGUGUAAAGUCUCCCUCUGUAUGUAAAUAAAAUGACUUUACGACCACCUCUUUUUGCACUGAAGCUCUCAAAAAAAGCUAUAAUUGUUCACCUCUGUAACUACUUAAUUUUUAUUAAUAACAAAUUUAAUAAUUGUCAUACGUAUGAAACCACAAUGUAGUUAUUUUCUUAAAGGUUUAAAGUAACAGAAAUAUUUUUUUUUAUCAAAAAAGUCAUAACCCGUUUAUUAAGAAUUAAAACAAGAAAAUCCGCAGUAAUACCCACACUUACCCUAAUCCUUAGAAUAAACUAUUACAGCUGUUAACUGCCCACUGUUGAACAUAAGCAUUCCCCAUGAGGGGAGUUUUGCCAGUAGUUGCCACACUUGGCAGGCGGGUUGGCAAUCGCAGUUAGGCUUUUAGAGAUGUUUUAAGAGGAAUGCUGCUGCCCAUCACUCCACCAUUAAGUUUUUUUGAGUUGCCUCUUACGACGCCCAUAGAUAAGGAAGGGAAUGGCCCCUUCUGUGCCGGGACCACACGAGCGUACUGAAUUAUUUCGUUGUAGUAUUAAAUGUUUAUAGUGAUAAAUUUAAAGAAAUAUGCCACAGAAUCGAAUAAUAAAUGUUUUAAACAUAUAUUAUACAAGCUUUAUACGUGUAUAAAAUAUCGUCAUAGUCAUAGAAUACUGACGGAUCCUUAUAUGUAAUCUUUGUCAGAUCCGUCAGUAUUCUACGACUAUGACGAUAUUACUUUUGGUCAUGCGCCUUACAUCAUGACAAUCAUUUCAAGCAAAAUACUUGUCUCUAACUUAAUGUUUUUGGAUGGAUAUGUGUGUUACUGAAAAUUGAGGUUAGAUACAUGAUCCUACAUAUAUGACGAUGUAAUAAUCUCAUAUAAUACUUGCAAUAUUUUUUUUUAAUAACGUUUGUGACAUAAAUUGCCAGAAUUUAAAAUAUUUGUUUCAUUUACAAUGCCAUACCUACAUAUUUACCUGCACAAAAUUCACACCAUAGCCUAGAAUCGGAAAAGAAACAAAGAUUAAAAAAAAACAAGCACAAAAUUCACACAGUCACACCAUAGCCUAGAAUCGGAAAAAAAACAAAGAUUGUUUAAGUCUAAAAAAAAAACAAAGAUUAAAAAAAAAAACAAGGACUGUCAACUCAAUUCUCUUUAUUAACUAUAUUAAUACUGGAGCAUCAAGUUGUACCAAUUAGUAUAAAUACAUAGUAAAAAUUUGUAUACAAUAAAUAGCUUAAUAAAUAACAAAAACCUUCGUAACAAAAUUUCUUUAUGACUAGAAUUUCGUUUGGCGAUACAAAAUGUGUAUGAACUGUGAAAAAUGGUAUAGGGGGCUUAUUUAUGGUAGACACUUGGAACAUACUGCUAUAUUGAUUUAUAAUUUGAAUUUAGAUUAUAUAAUUUUUAAUUGGUAAAAUCAAAAGAAAAAUAUUAUGGUCAUUAAAAAAUAUUUUUCAGAAUUGUUUAUUUUUCUAAACGUUUGGUAGCUUUUUAUACAAUUUAUAGCUGUAUAUACAUAGCCAAAAAUAAUAAUUUAAAAUAGGUAAUAUCCGAUAUCUAUAUAUCGAGUUCUAAACAUUGAAUACCACAUAUUGCGAUAUCG